AUCGAAAAGCGGAAGUUAGUGAAAUGUAAACACAAAAAUCAAAAUAACGAACUAUCCCAUUGCAUUUUGCACAUGUGGUUAACGUUAGAAAAUAUGUAAUAAAAACAAUAUGUUAAGCGAAUGCUUCUGACUGAUAAUUCAUUUCAAUUUUCGAGAGACGGGUGUCAGUCUUAAAAAGAAAAAGUUGCGAAACUGUUGGAUGUUAACGACGAUGUUUGUAACGCGUCACCUUUUAGAGUGAAAAAUGACUUUUUUAGUGACAGUGCAUUAAAAGGAGUGUCUUACAACUUUUCGAAUCUUUCGGUGAAAAUAAUGUGAAAUAAAGUUAGUGAAGUGGCGUUCGAGACUUUUAUGUUUGGCAGGAUGUUCUUGUACGAGUACGAGAGGGGUCGAACCUUCCAUCCGCCCUCUGUGCCGUGCCUGCGGACCUACCGUGUUGAUUCAUUCAAACGGAGAAAAAGAAGUGUAUCGGCACCGCACGUACGGACAUACAAGAUGAUUGAGGGAGGAAUUGAGUACUCGGGUUAUAUCGACAUUAAACAACCGCCAAAGAUCAAAGGAAGAAAACUCAAGUCGUGGAAGAAAAAAUGGGUCAUCGUUCACGAGAUGUCCAUGCGAUCCGCCGACAGGUCUGCGGCAAAGGUCGACGUAUAUGCCGACGAGAAGACUGCUAGAAAUUCUCCCGCCGACAAGCAGACGUUUAUACUAGAAUUUGUAACAGACAUUCGCACCGCCAAAUCAAAGACGCAUGCACACGCUUUCGAAAUCGUGGAAAAAGAACCCGUCCUUCUCUUAGCUGGAGAGACCGAGCUUGACACUCAGACAUGGAUUUCAACUUUCAGAAAGAUCUUCUUCCCACAGCAAGAAGAAAAUGCUGUGUUUCCGGUUUUGAUUAUCUCCAACGACCACGCCACGAGACUGUCGUUAGCGGGGAGCUACUCUAUGACUGUUAACCCGGAAGUGAUCGCCAUUGUCAGCGAGAAACAGAACUCCUAUGAAUGGUCUUUGACCAUGUUGAAACGGUUUCAUCUGGUGAAAGACACCGAAAACCCGACUAUUGAAAUUCUGACCAUCGAAUGCGGACCGAAAUCAGAAUGUGGUGAAGCGAUUUUCCAGUUCCGUUCCGAACAUGUCGCCAAAAUUCUUGCCACAAUCAAAGCAAACAUUUACAUAGCACUUAAUCGCCAGAAAGCAAAGAGACGAGACAAACUAAGUUCGGUUGCUGAAAAGUCUGUAACUAGCAAUAAGGGAAAUGUGGAAAGUGCAUGUCGCACGAGGAGUGGAACUUCCGGUAGCGUGGAACAACGUUACAAAGACCUUCUCGAGACUUCGGCAACUACUUCCAAUAAGCAAAUAACAUCAAGAACUUCUGACAACAGUCUUGAGACGGGAAGUGUUCAUUCAGACGACGCCAGAGACGCUCAGCGAAAAAAGCGACAGAGUGUUACAUUUGAAGCCACUGCAAUUAAUGAGUGUACAUCAACAGGAGACCUUCUGUCCUCUCCUGUUGAAGUUGCUGACGAAGAAAAGGCGUCUGAUUAUAACACAGUUGAAUUUCAUCUUCCGAAAAGUACACCACCAGUUGGUAACAUUAUAUCGACAUUUACAGUAGCUAAGCCGGGUUAUGAAACAAAAGUUCUUUUAGAUGAACAUGGUUACAGCCAUGUGGACAUAAAGAACUCAAAACCUGUAUUCUUUGACGAUAAAACCAGAUCAUUGUCAAACAUGUCAUCCCAUUCCUCCGUGUCAUGUCGCUCCGCGUCUGUUGGAUCCAGAGAUUCUGGAAUUUUAUUCUCCGUGGUAGACAAAGCUGCUCAGUUUGAACGCGGAGUAGCCUCAAAUCGUUCUACAAAUUCCUUCGAUAGUGCAGUCUCCACUUCAUCAACGGUGGAAGGAAAAGAAACUAGUCCAGUAAAUUCCAAUGCUACAUCUUUGACCGUCGAAAUUCAAGAAGUAGAAGUUACAGCUGCAGAGUUCAAGAAUGCAAACGGAAACAUAAGGAGUGAGGUAACUGAUACAGCUGACAACGGAAUUUACCAAGACGUUUCAAUAGACGAAAACACAAGUGAUAUCAAAGACAGUACAGAAAAUGCAUACGCACGUGCAAAACCAAAACUUAGAAAAUGUAACUCUACCGGUGACUUCAAAACGGAUGAAAAAGAAAAUGAAUAUGAAGACCUAGAUAAUUUCAGAAAAGGCAAAAAGAAUUUGGUGAAACAUCUUGGAAUGGAUCCUAAAAUUGAUCCCAAGUCUGUCCCACCGUCACUUCCGGAAAGACCAUCAUCCCAUAAAAUAAAACGGAAGUUCAAUAACGGUGAAAAGAAACUCUUUACACUCCCGUUCGCAAAGAACAAAAACAGAAAACAGAAAGAACGUACAAUCAGUUUGUCAUCAUCCAGUGAUUCAGAUUCAGAGAGUACAAGAGGUAGUAACAAAAAUGACGAUAUAACUGUUAAAGUAUGGCCUCUUGGAAAUAAGUCGGUUAUUGCUGGGAACGAAGAUUUGUAUCAACCAAUCGCAAUCGAGAGAUUUUUGAAAGAUAACGACGGCAUGACCGUACCUCAGAAACGGGAAAGAAGCAGUUCUUUGAAUUUAAAUAUGUCGUCUGCGAUUAAACGUCCCACAGCAGGUUCAGUGCGUGCAUCAGAACCCGUCGACAAAAGAAAUUCACUGUGGAAACAUAAUAGAAACGUUUCUAUGCAGGUGGAUAUGCUUAACAGGAGUAAUAACCCUAUGAACUUGAAACAGAAUUUUGAUAUGUCUUUGCAGCCAGAACUACUCAGCCGCGAUAUCGACCGCAACAUGUCUAAAAUCAAUAGUGAAAAUGAAAAAACUGAUGAUAGUAUUGGUAUGGAGUCUGACGACGAACCAAUCUACGCUGAAGUUGGACCAACAACAAGACCGUCAUCUGAUGAGAUUGAAAACCCUUUUCCCGAUUUAACAGUGUGGACGCCAGCAGAUAUAAGUGAUGUUGCUGAAGUUACCGAACUAGAUGAAACUAAAUAUGAAAAUGACGAGUCAAUGGAAUCAUUGGACAAUGCUGAAAAGGGCGAUAUGUUGAAUCAAGGCUUUGUGUUUGAGGAUGAAAUCAAAAAUUGUGAUAAAUGCGAUAAAGAAAAUGUGUUGAUAGAUUUAUCUGUGACAGAGUCUAGUGAUACCGUUAACACCACAAAAAGUGCUGUCGAUAUUUUCAAUAUGGGUAUGGGUAUGAGUUUGUUAGAAACAUCUUCUGUACCAGUAGAAAAGGAAAAUUCAUUGACUUUGAAUAGCGCUGUGAAUUUUAUAGACAUUUUUCAUCUCGGUUGUGGAACACCAUUACCUCCGAGCAGUUCUAAUUUAAUGGACAAGAGUUUUAUACCAGUUACAUCAGUGUCAUCAAAUAGUGCAUCCGAUACUUUGGUUUCACAAACAAACACACCUGUGGUGUCGUCUAGCGAAAGUGGACGAGCUCAAGAGAGUAUAUAUAUGGAUAUGAGCUCUUGUAAAAAUGAAAGCAUUUACGUCCUGCCAUCUUCAUUGAAACGAUAAACGAAAUAUAAAAAUAUGCAGGAAUUGUUAUAGUGUCAGUUUUAAUUGAAUUCUUGAAUACCACAGAAAGAGUCUUUUGUAUCUGAAAGUUUUAUUGAACUUAUUUAUAAGCCAUAUGGGAUUUUUUGCAAGUUUGGUAUUUGAUUCAGUGUUAAGGGCAGAGCUCAUUACGUUUUACAGUUAUGCUGUAAAUACUCAUGAUUUAACAAAUUCAUUUAAAUUGUGAAUGCAUUGAAUGUGUUGUAUACAAAUGUAUAUGAAUGAAAAGAGAUUAUUGUAAAUAAUUUUGUGCCAUAUUGUUUACGCUUGUUACAGAUUGUUUACGAUAUGUUAAGAUAAUAUAUAAAAAGUCGAAACC